UGGAGUGUCCAAUGAGCGUCGCCUCAAGGCCCGGGUACGGGGGCGCACUGAGCAAUCAGCGACGGCGGCGGGCGGGCGCGGGAGACAUAGGUGGUGCGGCGUGGGGGGAGCGAGCGCUGCGACAGGAGGGAAGAUGGCGGACGAGGAGAAGCUGCCGCCCGGCUGGGAGAAGCGCAUGAGCCGCAGCUCAGGCCGGGUGUACUACUUCAAUCACAUCACUAAUGCCAGCCAGUGGGAGCGGCCCAGCGGCAACAGCAGUGGUGGUGGCAAAAAUGGGCAGGGGGAGCCUACCAGGGUCCGCUGCUCACACCUGCUGGUUAAACACAGCCAGUCACGGCGGCCCUCGUCCUGGCGGCAGGAGAAGAUCACCCGAACCAAGGAGGAGGCCCUGGAGCUGAUCAAUGGCUACAUCCAGAAGAUCAAGUCGGGAGAGGAAGACUUUGAAUCUCUGGCCUCCCAGUUCAGCGACUGCAGCUCCGCCAAGGCCAGGGGAGACCUGGGUGCCUUCAGCAGAGGCCAGAUGCAGAAGCCAUUCGAAGACGCCUCAUUUGCGCUGCGGACAGGGGAGAUGAGCGGGCCCGUGUUCACGGAUUCCGGCAUCCACAUCAUCCUCCGCACCGAGUGAGGCUGAGGGCAGCCCAGGCCUGGCCCGCAGGGCGGGCAGGGUGCUGGCCCACCUGGCUCUCCUGCCCUGCUCAAGUCACAUAGUAUUUAUUGUUCCCAAAAUGGCUUGGAGGGGGCUCUUUAAGACCAAGGGCUCUGGGGCCCCUGUCUACUCCCUGUUGGGGUGGUCCCUGCUAGACUCCCCUCCCUUGCAUCUUAAGGAAUUGACUUCAGAAGGGCCGCGGGGAGGUUGGGGUGGGGGAGGGGGGCUCCCAGACGCAAGGGCAGGCAAUGACCUGUCCCAAAGAGGAGGCCUAGUCAGGUGGGCCGCCCCUGGCGCCCCCUCCCCCCAGGUCCAGGAGGGGACAGGAGGGCCUGGAGUGGUUGUGUCUAUUACGCCAUGUUCCUCUAUUCAGUUACAAAAAGCAAACCCUUGACUUGGGGGCUCAGGGUGGCCUGGCCAUGGGGCCCCCUCUGAGGGGCAGUGCAGCACCCUCCCCCACCCUAUAUUAAACCUUGGA